GACGCCAUGACCCCCACCCUCAGGGCCCUGCUCUGCCUCGGGCUGAGUGUGGGCCUCAGGACCCCAGUGCAGACAGGGCCCCUCCCCAAACCCACCAUCUGGGCUGAGGCAGGCCCUGUGAUUCCUUCUGGGAGCCCCGUGACAAUCUGGUGUCAGGGAACCCCACAGGCUGAGGAGUACUGCCUGGAUAAAGAGGGAAGCCCAGCACCAUGGAAAAUACAAGAGCUACUGGAGCCGAAGGACAGGGCCAAGUUCUCCAUCACCCGCAUGACAGAGCAGGAUGUAAGGAGAUAUCGCUGUUACUAUCGCAGCCCUGCUGGCUGGUCAGAGCGCAGUGACCUCCUGCACUUGGUGGUGACAGGAUCCUACAGCAAACCCAGCCUCUCAGCCCUGCCCAGCCCUGUCGUGACCUCAGGAGGGAACGUGACCCUCCAGUGUGGCUCAGGGCAGGGAUUUGGCAGGUUCAUUCUGACUAAGGAAGGAGAUCACAGGCUCUCCUGGGCCCUGGACUCACAGCCACAGCUCAGUGGGCAGUUCCUGGCCCUGUUCCCUGUGGGCCCCAUGACCCCCAGCCACAGGGGGACGUUCAGAUGCUAUGGCUGCUCCAGGUACAGCCCCCAGGUGUGCUCAUACCCCAGUGACACCCUGAAGCUCCUGGUAUCAGGUGAGUCUGGGAAGCCCUCCCUCCUGAGCCAGCAGGGCCCCAUCGUGGCCUCUGGACAGAGCCUGACCCUGCAGUGUCGCUCUGAUGUCGGCUAUGACAGAUUCGCUCUGCACAAGGAGGGGGGACGGGACCUCCCCCAGAGCCUUGUCCUGCAGCCCCAGGCUGGGCUCUCUCAGGCCCACUUCCCCCUGGGCUCUGUGAGCAGCUCCCACGGGGGCCGGUAUCGAUGCUACGGUGGAUACAACCUGUCCUCUGAGUGGUCGGCCCCCAGUGACCCCCUGGACAUCCUAGUGGCAGGACAGCUGUCUGACACACCCUCCCUCUCGGUGCAGCCAGGCCCCAGGGUGGCCUCAGGAGAGAACGUGACCCUGCGGUGUCAGUCACAGAGCCAGAGGGACACGUUCCUUCUGUCCAAGGAGGGGGCAGCCGAUCCCCCUCUGCGUCUGAGAUCAAAGUACCGAGCUCAGCAGUUCCAGGCAGAGUUCUCCAUGAGUCCUGUGACCUCAGCCCACAGGGGUACCUACAGGUGCUACAGCUCAAAGAGCUCCUCCCCCUUCCUGCUAUCACACCCCAGUGAGCCUCUGGAGCUCCUGGUCUCAGGUCCCAAAUGGAACAUGAACAUCCUGAUCGGGGUCUCGGUGGCCCUGGUCCUGCUGCUCUCCCUCCUCCUCUUCCUCCUCCUCCGACACCGACGUCAGAGCAAAGGCAGGAUGUCGGGGACCACACACCCAGAGCCCAAGGACAGAGGCCAGCAGAUCAGCUCCAGCCCAGCUGUGGACGCCCAGGAAGAGCACCUCUAUGCUGCCAUGAAGGACCUGCCUGGGGAGAGCGUGGAGCUGGACCCUCAGGCUGCUGCAUCUAACACCCCCCAGGAUGUGACCUACGCCCAUCUGAACCCCUCGACCCUCAGAAGGAAGACAUGUGCACCCCCAUCCUCCCCGUCAGAGGAGCCCACAGAUGAGCCCAGUGUGUACGCUGCUCUAGCCAUCCACUAGCCUAAGAGGGAGACCCCACACUCCAGGGAGGGGGCCUGCAGGGACCCCAGAAGGCAUGGGAACUGCUCUCAUAGACACUUAGCUCAUGACCACAGCCAGCCUGGAGACCACGUGUGGACCCCAGCAGCUUCUGGGACCCGCUGGGAGUCACCAGAUUCUACAAUUGAAGAUAAAUAAUAUUUCUAUGUUUUGUAAUUAAAAAAACACGCAGACUUCUUGAUAAUCCAUGUGUGAAUUUAGAACCAAAACGGAAGCGAGAGAAUGCUUUAACUGAAUGAUAAUGUACAUAUUACAUAUCAAACCUUUGAAAUGGACAAUUAAGAAGCAUGGAAGAAUAUAUUAGAAACGCAUAAUGCAAACACAAAGAAGCAGCCAACGUGUGUUUCAGCGGCUGACUGAAUGAAGAUGUGGUCAAAUAUACAAUAGAAUACUACUCAGCCAUAAAAAGAAGAUGCAGUACUGCCAUUUGCCACAACAUGGGAUGGAUCCGGAGGGUUGCACGCUAAGUGAAAUGACUCAGACAGAAAAGGACAAUAAUCCUAUGAUUUCACUCAUAUGUGUGCGAAACCUGAAACUCUGACCUGUUACGUAUAUUAAAUACAUUGACUCUGUAA